AUGUCACAACCAGGUAUGAAAGUUAGGGAGUUCAGAAAAUUGAUAAAGCAAAAACUGGACCUCUAUGUAGGGAGAUCAACUGCCCACAGGGCUAGAGCAAAGAUAUUGAAAGAAAUCAUUGGUGAUGUGCAUCAAGACUUCAAAAGGCUCUAUGACUACAGAGAUAUGAUUUUGCAGACCAAUCCUGGGAGUACCUGUGUGGUAAAAGCAGAAGAUCCAGGUGAUGGGAAGCUGGUAUUCUCCAAAAUCUAUGUCUGUUUACAUGCCAUGAAAAGGGGCUGGCUGGAAGGAUGCAGAAGAAUUAUUGGCCUUGAUGGAUGUUUCUUGAAAGGAGUUUGCAAGGGACAACUUCUUGUAGCUGUCUCCAAAGAUGGAAACAAUCAGAUGUUUCCAAUUGCAUGGGCAGUUGUGGAGGUAGAGAACACAUUCAAUUGGACAUGGUUUCUGAAAUGUUUAAGUGAAGAUUUGGGCUUACAAGAUGGAAGAGACCUUACAAUGAUGUCUGAUAUGCAGAAGGGUUUAAUUAAUGCUGUUAGAGACUUGUUACCUGAGUGUGAACACAGGAUGUGUGCUAGGCACAUCCUUACAAAUUGGUCAAAAGAGUGGAGAGGGUUGGAGAGGAGAAAUACUUUCUGGAGAUGUGCAAGGGCUUCUAGUAUUCCAGAAUUGAAUGACCAACUUGAUAUGCUAGACAAGCUUGGGGAUGGAAUAUGUCAAA